UCCCGUUAUUAAUUUAUUAGUUGGGAAGUUUGAUAAUAUGGGUUGUUAAUCUAAAGGAUAGAUUCCCGAACAAUUCAUGCCAUAUAUCACAAAUCAAAAUUUUGUCUUAGACAACAACAAUACGUCAUGUCACAGAUCACAAACAAUCUAAACACCCAAACAUGGUUUCAUUUACUUUCAUUCAACCUCCAUCCAUAUCCAUGUUUGGUCGUAUUUUACAACGCUUGCAUUCAAAAUACACACCAGGUUAAACAAAGCUUGUGUCUUUUGCUGCCAAAUUAUACUGACAAAGAGAUAAGAAGAAAUGAUAUAUAUAUAUAUAUAUAUAUAGAGAGAGAGAGAGAGAGAGCAAUAUGCAUUGAAUUCCAAGCCAUGAAAAAAAGGAGAGAAUAGGGCGGAGGUGGUGGUGGUUGGUGGAGGUUGAGUUGCGCGAGUCGGCAGGCGGCAGCUAGCAGCGCAUGAAAACAGAACAUGCAAAAACAGCUAGCAACGCUGUACUCUUCAUUUUAAGCACUCACCAAUAAGGCUUCGUGGGUUAUAAUUACUAAUUAAUUAGCCUUCAAAGUUUUCAAACUUUAAAAUGCAUUAUUUCUUUAAUUACGUAUUAAUUGUCACUUAAAUUUUAUUAGCUGUUUCUUUAUCUGUAUCUCCACCCCCUCCCUAAGUUACGAGAGAACAAUUAAUUCCAAAUGCCAUUUUUUAGAAAAAUUUAAAUUUAUUUAUUUAAUUCAUACUUUGAAAAUUUUUUAAGCUCGUAAUUUUUUAAAAUUUGAUCGACAUACAAAAUAUUUGAAUUAAUAAUUGGCGAUAUUAGUUAUCUUCUAAUUUGUGUAGAAUGGAAUGUGUGAUGUUGAAGAUCCAUGAACAACUGAUAAAUCAAGCCAAUAGCUACUCCACCAUGAAACAUUUUUUGUUUGUUGCUUUGAGCAAAAUCCAGAGCUGAGGAAAUCAUUCAUUGAAAACUAUUCAGAUCAUUCAAAUAACUACAAAUCAUUCCCAUAUACAAAAUGCUUCAACUUUUUGUAUUGAUAAAGGUUUUUAAAAGGAAAAAGGCUCAACAAUAGUUACAAAGCAUGCAUAACAAAGGCAUACAGCAGGCAAAGCAAAGGCAGAGCACAGUCACCUAAACCUAGACGAUUCAACUUCGUCUGCAUGAACUCAUCUGCUCAGCUCUUACUUCAAUUCCCAAAGCCUAGCCCUUACCAACACCUUACAACCCAACGGGCUGAAUUUUUCCUUUCUUUGACCUUUUUACCCUUUUUUUUUUCUUCGUGGGCGUAUCCUGCGUUUUCCCUUCUUCUUAUCGUCAGUUAUCUUUCAUUUCCGUAAAGCAACAACUGGUUAAACAGUAACAUUAUAAACCAAAGCAAUGAUCUUGGGGCAAUUUCGUCUUUAAAACUCGUCUUCGUUUUCUAACGAAGAAGACGAAAAAACAAAGCCAAGCCUCCCUUCAGACGCUAACCGCCAUGUUUUUAGAGAUUUUCAGCACAAAAAACAAUACGCAUGUCAAUCUCUCUCCCAUCUCUUCUUGUUUGACUCUUUCUUUUCUCUACACAAAAGAGUAAAAAAACCAUGCAAAUUCCAUACCUAUUGCCAAACGAUCUUUUUUCUCUCCAUCUUUCAAGUCAUUUUGUCUUGUUUCCUUCAUCAAACUUAAAACCCUAGAAGAAUACCAAUUUAUCUGUUUCUCUGUGUCUUUCCAGGACUUGUUCUCUUCUUUUCCAAUAAUCUUGAUCCCCAUAAUCAAUCAAGCAAUCGAAAAAAAAAUAAAAAGAAAAGAAAGAAUGGAAGGUGGUAAUAUGGACAUGGCUGGUUCUGGUGGAACCACGGGGAAUUCAAGGUGGAACCCAACAAAGGAGCAAAUAAGCCUGCUUGAAAGUUUGUAUAGGCAAGGGAUGAGGACGCCAAGCGCAGAUCAGAUACAGCAGAUAACAAGUAGGCUUAAGGUUUAUGGUACCAUUGAAGGGAAAAACGUGUUUUACUGGUUUCAAAAUCAAAAGGCAAGGCAAAGGCAGAAACAGAAGCAAGAGAAUAUUGCUUAUUUCAAUCGUUAUCUUCAUAGGACUCAACCUGUUUAUCCUCCUCCUCCUGGCCCUAAUGUUGUUUGUGGUCCAUAUUUUCUACCACAACGUGAUCUAGGGUUUUACCCUCAGUGCCCCAAGGUUCUUCUCCCUGGUGGAGUUAAGAGGAGAGAAAGGCUUGAGAAAACGGAGACGGCGAGGUUUUAUGGUGGAGCUGCAUAUGAUCUGGUUCACCAGGAUUACAACAACAUAAUUCCAGAUAAUAUUGAAAACUAUGAAGGAGUCCUCAACAAUGGCAGCUGCAACAAUAGUAAUCAAGAGACCUUGACUCUUUUCCCCUUGCACCCAACUGGAGCUUCAGAAGGAAGGGCAACAUUAAUAAUGUCUUCACUUGGUUCAACUACUUCUGCUGGAAAUUCCACUACUACUCCCGCUAGCUCUCAUAAGACUACCUCUGGUAUCGACCAAGAAGGCUCUGGAGGUGAACAACAACACUUCUUUGAUUUCUUCUCCUGCCAUGGUUCUUGUGAAAGUGCUUUAAAAGAAUCCAUUUUUUAGGGUGGUAUAAAAUUCUGAUGGCUUUUUGUUCAUCUUAUUCAUUCGGUCUUAUGCUCUUGGCCUCUUCAUUUUCUUAGACUUGGAUCAUUGUUAAAAAUUAAGCUUGAUAAGAGUAAGUAAUUAGUCGGUUUAGUUUGAAAAAUUAAUAAUCGAAUU